AAGGUCCUUUAGCUCAGUGGGAUAUGUUUAAUAGAAAUCAUGGCUUAUACAAAAACACCACUAGGGGUGUCCAUACCAUCCAGAACAUAAUCCAACUUCUUUGUCCAAGCUGAAGCACAAACUGGGCCAAAGUCCAGUAAGUGAGUGCAGGACUAACACUCCUCUAUGCUUACUCCUGUCCUAUCAGACUGCAGAAUGAAAACAGAGAGGAUGAGGUUAAAGAGCAGCCUGCAGUGAUUGGAUGAAGAGACCCAGGACAGAACAGCAGACUCAGGGAGGAAAUUAAUGCAUGGGUCAGGGUCCUGGCAAGACAUUUCGCAGGUGGAGCCUCCUUACUCGUGCAUUGGGUAUGGAGAACAGCGAUAAACUAAUACUGACCACACAGGUGUUGACAACUGAGGUAUAUUUCCUCACUAAUCUAGUAAGGAUGGAUAAGGACAGAAAACUGAUGGCAGAAAGAAUUUUAAACCUCGCUGUAGAGAUAAUCUACCUGCUAACUGGAGAGGAUUACAUACUAGUGAAGAAAAUGUCUGAAGAAUGUGGAGGAUGGAGCAAAAAUAAAGUUCCUAUCAAUGUGCCUCCACCCCACUCAUUAAUACAUAAGGGAAACUGCUAUCAGGAGAUCCUGGACCUCACCAACAAGAUCACUGAGCUGCUGACAGGAGAGGUUCCCAUCAGGUGUCAGGAUGUCGCUGUCUAUUUCUCCAUGGAGGAGUGGGAAUAUUUAGAAGAUCACAAAGAUCAAUAUGAGGUUAUUAUUAUGAUGAAUCAACAGACUCCCAUAUCACCAGAUGACUCGGAUAAGGAUGAAACUUUAGAGAGAUGUCCCUAUCCUCUGUUUACCAAGGAUUAUUCAGAGGAAUAUCAGUAUAUCCCACAGGAUCAUCAGGUUACAAAUGUGAGUGAUAUGAAGAUUGAAGACAAGCCACAUGUGGGUGUAACCCAGCUGUGUGAGGAGAAGCAGGCAAUUCUUACAGAUAUCGCAGAAAGCUACAACAAAAACUUUGCAGACAAUCUUCGUUUACCUCCUGAUUAUGAAGUAAUUUAUAAGAAUAUCACAAAUAUACCAUCUGUUCUCUACAGCAGAGAACCAGCUACUGAUCCCACUAAUCUAAAGGAAUCUUCAUAUGAUCCAUCACAGAUUGUCAAACAAAGUACAGGAGACAAAGAUGGCACAAUAUUUUCAUGUUUUGAAUGUGGGAAACAUUUUAAAAGAAAAUCUAUUCUUUCCAUGCAUGAAAGAAUUCACAAUGCUGAGAGGCCAUUUUCAUGUUCAGAAUGUGGGAAAAGUUUUACUCAGAAAACCUAUCUUUUUGAACAUCAGAGAGCUCACACAGGAGAGAAGCCAUUUUCAUGUUCUCAAUGUGGGAAAUGCUUCACAAGGAAAUCAAGUGUUGUGAAACAUCUGAAAACUCACACCGGAGAAAAGUCAUAUUUAUGUUCACAAUGUGGGAAAUGUUUUAUGCAGAAGUGUGAUCUUGUUAAACAUCAGUUUAUUCAUACAGAGGAGAAGCCAUUCUCAUGUACAGAAUGUGAGAAAAGGUUUAGCCAGAAGUCCUUCCUUGUUAAACAUCAGAUAAUUCACACAAGUAAGAAAGCAUUUGUAUGUUUAGAAUGUGGUAAAAGUUUUCGCUACAAGUCUGAUCUUGUAAAUCAUCAGUUAAUCCACACUGGGGAGAAGCCAUUUUUAUGUUCAGAAUGUGGGAAAUGUUUUACAAGGAAAUCAAAUCUUGUUGAACAUCAAAAAACUCACACAGGGGAAAAGCCAUUUUCAUGUUCGGAAUGUAAGAAAAGGUUUAGGCAGAAGUCUGAUCUUGUUAAACAUCAGAGAAUUCACACAGGGGAAAAACCAUUUCCAUGUUCAGAAUGUGGGAAAUGUUUCGUCCAGAGGUCUGAUCUUGUUAAUCAUCAGCUAAUCCACACUGGUGAGAAGCCCUUUUUAUGUUCAGAAUGUGGGAAGUGUUAUAACCAUAGGUCAGCUCUUUCUCAGCAUAAGAAGCGAAGCCAUUUUAAUGUACAGACUAUAGAAAAUGUUGUACUUUAGAUGUAGUGCUCUAGUAAAAUAAAAUAAAUUAUUGUA